AGUAUUUUCUGAAAGGGUCAGGAUGAUGCCGCAUCAUGUGCAGCAGGAACUCUGUAGGACUAGACCACUGUACAGGCAGGGAAGGAAACUCACCGCGGUCAAGGUUUAUACCGUCAACGAUGAAUCUGUACAUUUGAUAGUAUGUGGAGUACCAAAAAUAAAUCUAGGUGAAGAAAUCAAGAAGUUAUUCGCACCCUAUGGCGAUAUUAAAACUUGUGAAUUACUCGUUGAAUAUCCAUGCGAAGAGUUUACUGAGAGUUUUCAUGUUCAGUUCGAGAGAAUCCAGAGCGCCAGAAUUGCAAAACGACUGGUUGACAACAAAAAUUUUUUCGGGGGAAUUUUGCACGUGUGUUACGCUCCCGAACUGGAAAGUCUCGCAGAGACACGCAGGAAAUUAAUUCAGAGGCAGAAAGAUAUUAUCUUCAGGAUCAAAAGACACAGGGACGAUCCCACGAACGUGGAAAAGGAUGAGUUUAUUCCCAAAGCACAGUACCACAGGCAAAAGAAAUACCCGACUCUUCCCCUCACAGAGGAGAGACUGUCCCAUCAGUACCCUAACGAGUCAUUCACCUCCAUAAACGAUGGGAUCCCAAAGUCUAUAGACCCCCGUCCAGUUUCAGAGCCCAGUCUACCCCCUAGCAAGCGACUAAAACACAAUAAACAUGUUAAUUACAAAGGGCACGUUGUCAGGGCAAAUAAUAAGCUGGUCCGACCAAAAAUAAUUGACACAAAGAGUCUCCCUCAUUUCAAGGCUCUGCGAGAGGAUGCGAAAGUCGUUCCAGUGGUGAAAAAAGUGGACAGUGGAAUAAAAAUUAAAUUAUUAUCUCAUCCGGACCCCAACAAAAAACGAAUUAUUAUUAAAAACCCUGGUGCCACGAAGUUAAUAAACGCCAGUGAAGAGCUUCAAGCUUCAAUUAAUUCAGUAAAAUCAUCAAUUCGUAAAGCUAUGCAGAGAAAUGAAUCAUCAUCCAUCCAAAAAUAAAUAACUGAAUGAUUUUUAUAAUGAUUUAUUCGAAAAUAUGAAAAUUGUACACGAC